AUGGGCGACAACUCCUCGAUCAACAUUCUCCCAACGGAACUAAUUCUGGAGAUUAUGUUUGUCUCUCACCCAUUAAGCAUUCUUCAUUGCCGUCAAGUAUCGAACCGUCUUAAAGACAUAAUCGACACCAGCAACGACGUCAAGGUCAUCAUAGAUCUAUAUGAACAUGGAUGUGUCCUCGUUUAUCCUCGAACGCGGCCAUUGUCUGACGUCUGGGCAAACUUUGUCCGCGACCAGAGGGCACUGUUACAAGGAGACGCACGUAGAUUCCGACGUGCGGCCCCGCAGCAAGUACCAGACUACAUGAUCACCGAUGGUGUGAUUGUUCGAGCUGGGGCUGACGACCCAUUCCUUGGACCGGGAGAGACUUCCACGCUGCAACUCACGAGCUGCAGAUAUACUAGCAAACAGAGAGAAAUAGACUUGAGAAUCAGUCUUACAAAGGAAGGCCUCCUGCGUCGAGUUGCCAUAUCACGUCAACGCAAUAUUCUUGCUGUUGCAGAGACGAAAGUUGAACCAUCAGGGAAACAUCCAAGCUAUAUGGUUUAUUUAUUUCCUCUGGCCGGCGACUUGUCCCAUGAACCGCAGACACUUUCUUUCGAUCCUAACAACACAGAAGGCCUCUGUAGUGCUGAGUGGGGACGCCUCGAGGAAAUAAAUCUCUACGAAAACCUCGUCAGCAUCACUAUCAAGAAUUCUCGAGCGCAUUUCCGCGAACAGCACACGAUCGUGAUCUGGGAUUGGGAAUGUGGUCGGCAGCUCGCGGUCCUAACGUGUGUUCAUUUCUUCGCUUUCCUAUCGUCCCAACGGGCCGUCGUCCUCUAUGCAGGUUACGAUCGUGUGCUAUGGGUGGUAUCGCUUCACACUCUUAAGUAUCGUCGACUCAUCCCACCGGAUGCCAUGUCAGUUUCUGAAUGUGGGUCUCAAGAUUUUGCCGAGCGCGGAACCUGUGGAGAAGAGUAUGUUCUGGAUCGAACUCUAGACAUCUUCCUCCUCAGGGUAAUGUGCAUCGGGGGUUCGCAGCACAUCGUUUGUGUGAUUUCCAAGCAAAAGCUCGACCGAUUCGUUCAGAGCCUGGACGACGCAGGUGACCUUCGAAACAAGCUGGCUUGGAACGCCUGGGGUCCACCCCUCAGCCGAAUUUUCAAGCAGAGUGACUACACACUAUGGUAUGCACGAAAUCGAGAUCGGUACCACCCUCGUCCAACUGCCGGCCACUAUCAGACCGUCUUCCACGGCGACAAAGGACUCUAUUCAGGGAACCGCCCACCCCAUGCAGAAGUAAUAUGGGAUCGAGGCAUUCUCGACUUCAACCCGCGUCCAAUACGUCGCGGGACGCCGUCGCCUUUCGAAAUCAAGUUGGGCGAGGUUGUUAGCGAACCGUCGAUUCUGACAUCGGAGGAUAUCAGAGGGAUCCUCUUUCCGUUGGAAAGUACGCUGCCGUACCGACGUAUUCUUACAGACGAUAUCCUGGUCUGCGAACCAGGAAUAUGGCCAUCCGAUCUGCUGUUUCUGUAA